CUCUUGUUGAGACGUUUGUAGAUACCAUAGAAACAACAGCUCCUUGCCAGACUCUGCCUGUCCAGAUCUCAACUAGCAGGAACUAUUACCGAUGCCAUGCCAACGAAGGUAAAGAAGAAAACAGGAGCGGGAAUUAAGGCGGUGGACACAUCAGUGCUGAAGAAAUUUCUGAAAAGAUAUGAGAAUCAUUGUGCCCAGUGCCAGUCAAUUGCCAGCCCCACCAUCACCCAAGCACUCAAAAAAUGUAUCCAAAAUGGUUCCAGUUACCUCAAAAUUAUCCUGUCCUGCCCUGGGAACCCUUCAGACAGCUCAGCUUCGGUUUUAUUAAGGCCACUGCUGAUGACAAUCCGGGAUGAACGGUAUAUGCUUGGGACAGACUUGUGCUUGUGGGGAAUCUCAGUCAGUAACCAGGAUGUUGCCAGUCUUGCUAUAUUGUUGGAGCUGAGUGGAAGAACCUCCUAUCCAUUUGUAAAACUAGAGGCUAUAGAUUGUGGGAUGGAUGUAUGGUCAGUCGAGAGGCUGGGGAAAGCCAUAAGAUGCAGCCAGUUAACAUCUGUGACCUUGGAUUAUAAUGAGUUCAAAGAUGAAGGGAUACAGGGUCUUGUUCAUGGCCUGGAAGAGAACACGAAGGUGGUUACUCUUAGCCUGUGUUAUUGUAAGCUUGGUCCAUCCAGUGGGGCACUACUGGGAAAAGUUUUGGCUGAAUCAGCAGUAAGUGAACUAUACCUUACUGGGAACUAUCUGCAGUGCUCUGGGGCAGUAGACCUAAUUGCAAGUAUAGCAGAUUAUGCCCAGGAUCUGGCUACAGAGAGGCCACCUGAGCAGCCAUUUGAUUUAGCUCAUCAAAUCCUAGAAGCUCAAGGUCAAACUGGAAUUUCUACUGCAAUAUCAGGAGACCUCGAAAUUAGUGAAAGACCUGCAACUUCACCUAACAGACCAGCUGAACACAAAAAGAGCAAGAAAAGGGGAAGGAAAGGAACGAAAAAGGCAGCAUUGCCGCCUGGUCCCUGGGUGACUAAGUUACACCUGGCUGACAAUGGGAUUGAUGCCAUGGGGGAGAAAAAGGAGACCGGUGUUUUGGAAUUCUCUCAGCUGCUGAGCAGCCUGAUCCGUUACUCGGAACAGCUUUCUGAACUGGAUCUUGAUAACAAUUGUCUAGGAGAAAUGCCAGCCACUGACAUCCUGGAGGCCCUGACCUCCAGAAAUCAAGCUGAAUAUGUACAAUUAUUUGAAAAUGAUAUUACUCUAAAGAGUCUACAUGUAAAAGGAAAGCUACCACGCUUGAAAAUAAAAGUCACUGCACAGAUUUCCUCAAUUACAUUUAAAGCCAUCCUAAAACAGAGUAAAAAACUGAAAGUCUCGAAGAAGAAGAAGAAAAGGAAGAAGAAAAACUGAGAAAUCAUACUCUGCUGCACUGAAAGAACACAUCCAUCUCUACAUUUUAAAGCCAUCAUCACCAUAUUCAGAAGAUGACUGUUGCACAAACUAGUGACCGGUAUACUCAUUUGAUUGGUGCAAAUGUUCAUAUUCCAGUACUUCUCAUUGUUCUUGACAAUAGGUAUUCUACCUAGUUCUGGAUUAAUAAGAGGGGAACAGGGACAAUUGCCCCAGGGCCCCCUGCCAGAAGGGGCCCCAGACUUCCUUUAUAAAAAAAAUGAAACAUAUUUUCCCUCAAGACUUCAGUAGUGUGUUCGUUGAGGAAAUUGUCCAGUUUGCAGCCUUUGUCAAGCUUUGUCUUAUCAAUAUUCCUAUUGCACACCUUCCUGGAAACAAGGCUCAUCAGUAAUGGGUGCUGCAGUGAUUACCAGCUGGGUACCGGAAACACUAAAGUCAAUGUACAUAUUCGCCAGCACACCAGGAAUUUUCAGUUACCAUCCAAAGGUUUUUAUUGCAGAUAGAUCACAUAACAAAGACAAGUGCAACGUUUCGGAGCCAUGCUGGACCCCUUCGUCAGGCAAGCUCAGGUCAUGUCUCACUCCAUCUAAACAAAGUUAGUUAAAGACUUUGCAGAUGCCAAGUGCAGGAAGACAGAGUUUUUGUAAAUAUUGUAGUGUGAUGCAUAACUGUGAUGUAUGACUUCCCAGUUCCAAUUACCUGUUUAAUGUGUAUUCUUAGAGUCAAUAAAAUGUAUAUUUCGGAACCUAA